AUGAACUCGAAACCCCCGUCGUACGCCUCCGCGCAAUCGGUGAGCCGAACCAAGACUUCGCAAGAGGAAGUGAAGUCGCGGGCGGAUGCCAUGCUGCGUGACUCUCUGACUCGAGGAAGUUCUGUCACCCGGCCCCAAGUUGCUUCAGACGGCGUGAACUCCUUGGCGGACGAGAUGCUGCGCUCGUCGCUGUCCCAAAAUGCUAUCAAGCCAGCUUCAGAAGUCUCGUUGACGUCGUCCACGUCUACUUCUCUGCCAUCAUACCGCAGCAAGCCCCAAGGCGUCCAGGCUACAACCUCCGCAGGACCGGCGGGGUUCCGCCAUCCCGGCCUCAAGACCGACAGCCUCAAGGCUCGUAAAAUCCAGCUGCAGCGCGAGAUUGAUGAAGCCAAUGCGGCAUUACCGCGUCGCGAGACGAAAGGCCUUUUCAAGAUAGCCUGCUCUACAGACCUAAUGUUUCUGAUUGACACCACUGCUUCAAUGGGGCCGUAUAUCGACACGGCCAAGGAGCAGGUGAAGACGAUAGUGGACGACAUUCAACGGAAAUUCCUCAACCAAUCUGAGGUUCGGAUGGCAGUGGUCAGUUACAAAGAUCACGGCGAUUCCGGGCAUCUCGAGUUUCUCGACUUCACUUCGUCUGUAGAAGCGGUACAUCAAUUCCUGGCCCGGCUAAGAGCAACUGGUGGUGGGGACCCGCCCGAAGACGUCCUGGGCGGGCUGCAGAUGGCAUUGCACGCUUCCUGGAAGCAACAAACCCGCUGUAUCAUCCAUAUUGCGGACGCACCUGCUCAUGGCGAGCUACUGCACGACAUGGGAGCAUCUUCCGACAAUUAUCACAGUGUUGGCAGUGAGCCGCACGGCCUCACCCACGAACCGCUUCUCCGAAAGCUGAUUGAGUGCAACUUGAACUACACCCUGCUUCGUAUCAAACAGCAUACUGAUCGCAUGGCAUUCGUCUUCUCCGGCGUCUACGGCUACUCCAACGCAAGGCUGCUUCCUAACAAUGCAUAUUACCACCACACAAGCAGUGACACUAGUCGUACUGUCGGGAGAUCAAUAUCUCUCACGGCACCCGCACCACAAUUCGAGGAGGCGCAACUCGGGACAGCAUACAGCGAGCUCCGCAAUCUGGUAGUUAAGAGCGUGACAGAUUCCAUCACUCGUACCGCCGGUCAUCUUACAACGAAGUUGGGCCGGACAACCAAGCUUGGCUUGACAAGUACCCUCAGAGACCUUACCGUCAUACGAGAAGACGACUCGGCGCACAGUCGAAGGACCAGCAGCCGUGUGGACGUAGCCCUAGAGAAGGGUCCACCUCAAUGGACCACGUCCGGUUGGUUCGAUUCGAAAAUAGAGGUCACGGGAUUCUGCCCUGCUGUUCUUGAACAUGAUGCCAACACUCUGAACGACAUGAUUGAUGCCGACGAGAACAUCAAGUUGAGCGCGGCAGAUCUUACCGUCUUCGCUCGGUCGAUGCCCUUCGCCCAAGGCGCUCUGCGUUUGGCCUCUUAUGCUCGCACGUCCAACUCGACCAACCGAUUCGUGAUCAAAAUAUUCAAAGAUGACGACCACGGGCGCGCGGAAGUCACCGAGGACAUGCGCAUGCAGGCCUUGUGCAAAGCCUUCGCACUCGAAUUCAACAGCCUUCUCAAGAUCGAGCCUCCACUUGACUUCCUAGUAACUUCAUGCUUGCAGACAACAACGCCAGCAACUACAGGCUCUGGCAAAGCUUGCUUGUCACUCGAGCCCUUCAUCGAAGGGAAUUACAUCAAAUACAACAGCAACGGCGCCUACGUCAACCACACUCUAGGCGAGGACCCUUUCAACCAGAUGGCACAAGCCUUCUCGCACUUUACCUUCGAGCGCUCAUGGGGCUUGUUCUUAGUCAACGACCUGCAAGGCGUUGGACAUCUCCUCACCGAUCCUUCCAUCCAGACCCGCGACCCUGAACGCUUCAAACUCAACGACACCAACCUACAUGAAGAAGGCUUCAAAUUCUUCUUCGCCACCCACGAAUGCAACUCCUUCUGCCGCCAGCUCGAACUCCAGAGCACCGGCGAGAUGCUCAUCUCGGGCGAGUUCACCUUCAGAGAGCACUGGCCGGUCAUGGACCCCACAGCCUGCUGUUCAAACAAAUUCUGUCGCAGUAUCAUUCACCUCUCCUCUGCGCACAAGUCGAAAGACUUCCCUGGCCAUAACUGGUGUGAUAAAUGCUAG